AUAAUUUGCCCUUAAAUGCUACACUCGCUUUCUUUCGAUUUAAAGGGAAAGCACCGCUUGUGUCACAGUGAGUACGUUCAUUAAAAGCAGAUGCACUGUGUGAAGCACUGUAGCUCACCUGCAGUUGUUAGCCUAGGUACGCAAGGAUACACACUAUCUACACUAAACUUGUAGUAACUCUUCUUCAAAAACAAAUUUGCAUUCCGAGUCAAUGAAUUUUGUCGCUCGGCCUGAAAUACACCAGUGACACAAAAGGAAACAGAGUGAUGAUUUGAUCGCUGCCCAUUUGGUUUCAUGGGGAUGGGAAUAGCGCACUAUUGGCCAAUUUGGAUGGACCGAUCCCACUAAACUGUCACUGAACGUCGAGAAGUUGUCUUCACGCGCACACACCUGAAACUUCUUCAGAUCCUGAGCGCCUCGCCCACAGUUGAUGCCGAGGAUCAUGACCAUGAACGGUGACCACCAGUCGGUUGCCACAGCGCCGCUGGAUCUGCGCACCACUAACCGAGAGCGUGGGAGCGCCGGGUCAAGGACCCCGGACUGCAAAGGUCGCGUCAGGGACGCUCGGGUAACAGGCGGCUCACCUGCACCCCCUGCGUGCACAGGAACGGAUAGUUUGGAAAUACGCUGCCCCUCGGUCAGAGGCACACCGGGCUCAGAAUCCGGCGCUGCUCGCAAACGACCAGCGGACAAAUCUUCCUUAAGGCUUCCUUUUAGGAAACGCCCGAUUCUUGUCGAGCCGGAGACCCAAACGCAGUCACCGGCGCCACCAGAAAGUGUAGACCGCUUUUCCCCUGCGGUAGAUACGGACAUCACAAUUCGGGAAAGUUUUGCCGGUAGAUUGGGACAAGCCACAGACGAAAGCAGGGUCGUUGCAGCACAGGUGACUCCCAGGCAGGUUGAAGAGGCAGGACAGAGCCAAGAUGGAUAUCCUAUAAGCUUCAUGUACCCAUUUGAUUACGGUUCCUGCCGACUGUACUGUGUGGCUGCUGCCCCAGAGCCAAACCCUCUGGCCCACCCCGGACACCUGCUGUCUGGUGUCGCUCUGGCUACACGUCAAGAUGAAGAUGGAGACACAGCUCUGCAUAUAGCUGUGGUGCAGGGGGAGUUGGCCGUCGUCUACAAACUGAUCCAACUUCUGAUAUGGGCUCACAGAGACAUUGAUAUCUACAACAACCUCUGGCAGACUCCCCUCCAUUUGGCAGUGAUAACCCAGCAGGCAAACAUGGUGGAGGCUUUGUUGAGAGCCGGGGCUGACCCUGCUGCCUUGGACCGUAACGGCCAAACAGCGCUCCACCUCUGCUGCGAAUACGACCAGCUUGAUUGUCUGUCUGUUGCGCUCUCUUGCUCCUCAUCCUCCACAUGCCUGGAGAUCAGAAACUAUGAGGGUUUGAGCCCUCUCCAUCUGGCUGUGCUGCGUGGCCAUAAAGGUUUGGCCAGAAUGCUGCUGGAUGCAGGAGCUGACAUCAACGCUAUGGACAUCAAAAGUGGUCAGAGUCCUCUCAUGCACGCGGUGGAGAGCAAUAACACAGACAUGGUCCACUUCCUCAUUGAGAGUGGCUGUGAUGUCAACAGCCAGUCAUACAGUGGGAACACUGCCCUGCACAGCGCCUGUGGACGAGGGCAGGUGGACACGGUGCGGCUGCUGCUGAAGAGCGGAUCUGACAGCAGCCUCAAGAACUACCACAAUGACACACCUGUGAUGGUAGCCAAGAACAAGAAAAUAGCAGAUGUGUUACGAGGGAGAGGCUCAAACCAGAUUAAAGUUCAAGAUCAACACUGUGUGUCUGUCUCACCACAUGGGAGCAACUUAACGGAAAAUGGGUCCCCAUCUCCCAACCACAGUCGUGGAUGUUCGCCUUUGACUACACCACACACCCCUCACCAUAGCACCUCCCACUCUCCAAAGACUCCAUCUACGCUUGUAUUUCCAUUUUACUAGCUCAGAGUUAUUGUCCAGUGCAACUUUUAACUACCUCCACGCAGCCAACCAACAAAGAGCUGCCAAAAUGUCAUCCAGGAGAACGUUCAGCAAACAGGAUAGCAGACCAGCAAAAGACUGCACCUGAAGUAAGACAAGCUGGCCUUAUUUUCCUGGACUCCAUGACAGACUCAUAGUUGGCAUCCCUCCUUGGGCUAUGAUGCCUGGACACACUGACUGCAACAUCUCUGCUCAUCCAGCUGCUGUUGUGGGAACUCCCCUUAUGACUGGGAGCAAACUGGUGACCUACAAGCUGCUGCAGGGAUCAGCUGUAUUUCUAUGCAGCAACAGAAAUGUGUCACUGCAUGCAAUCAAGAGUGAACUUAAAGAACUGUAUAAAAAGAUAUGUCAGUAAAUGAUGGACAUGAACCUAAGUUUAGUGAACUCACAACUCCCUUUUUAAAGUAUUUUAGCGUUAAAUAGAGGACAGUAGAGAUAACAGCAAAUGAAGGGGAAGUAGGGAUUAAAUUUAACAAAUGUCCCAACCUGGACUUGAAGUGGGGAUGUUUUGACACCCUAAGUAAAUGUAUUCAGUCUGCUUAUUGUAAGGCUAGACAAUGUACAUGACCUGAUUAAUAUAUCAAAAUUCCUUCUUCUGCCAUUUUAAUAAUCUAUGUUCACAGUACAUUUCAGGUCUCUUUGUGUGCAUUAUGUGGCUGUGCGCGUGUGUAUUAUUUUUUUGUAUCACUUUUUGUCAAAAGUUGUAGAUAUUUUUAUAUAAAAUUUGUCCAGAAGAUUCA